AUGUCGUCGAUCUUGAACGUCCUCCGCCAGGCCCCCACCCCCACGCGCCACUUCACGUCGCUCCAAAUUGUAUCCUCGGCCAAGGCCAGCUCCUCGCGUGCGACCUUCAACCCCGAGCACCACCCUAUUGUUCUGCAACAAUUGGUCGAGUCGCUCUCGCCCAACUCCUUCAUCACCCCCGCUACGUCUGGUAGCAACUCUGCUGCUGUCAAGGAGUCCAUCUCUGGAAACGUUGCUACUGCUGCUGCCAGUCAAGGAUCUCAAGGCCAGGCCAACAAGAUUGCACAGUAA